UAUGUGUUCUUCUCUGUUUUUUCUAUUUCUCAAGAUCUUAUAAUAGAGGUCUUAUACAAUAUUUGUCCUUUUGCCUCUGACUCAUUUCGCUCAGCAUAAUGCCUUCCAGAUACCUCCAUGUUAUGAAAUGUUUCAGAGAUUCGUCACUGUUCUUUAUCGAUGCGUAGUAUUCCAUUGUGUGAAUAUACCACAAUUUAUUUACCCAUUCAUCCGUUGACAGACACCUUGGUUGCUUCCAACUUUUUGCUAUUGUAAACAGGGCUGCAAUAAACAUGGGUGUGCAUAUAUCUGUUUGUGUGAAGGCUCUUGUUUCUCUAGGGUCUAUUUCGAGGAGUUGGAUUUCUGGGUUGUAUGGUAGUUCUAUUUUUAACUGUUUAAGAUAAUGCCACAUGGAUUUUCAAAGUGGUUGUACCAUUUUACAAUCCCACCAGCAGUGUAUGAGAGUUCCAAUCUCUCCACAGCCUCUCCAACAUUUAUUAUUCUGUGUUUUUUGGAUUAAUGCCAGUCUGGUUGGUGUGAGAUGGAAUCUCAUCGUAGUUUUAAUUUGCAUUUCUCUAAUGGUUAGUGAUCGGGAGCAUUUUCUCAUGUGUCUGUUAGCUGCCUGAAUAUCUUCUUUAGUGAAAUGUGUGUUCAUAUCCUUUGCCCACUUCUUGAUUGGGUUGUUUGUCUUUUUGUGGUUGAGUUUUGACAGAAUCAUGUAGAUUUUAGAGAUCAGGCGCUGGUCGGAGAUGUCAUAGCUGAAAAUUCUUUCCCAGUCUGUAGGUGGUCUUUUUACUCUUUUGGUGAAGUCUUUAGAUGAGCAUAGGUGUUUGAUUUUUAGGAGCUCCCAGUUAUCUGGUUUCUCUUCAUCAUUUUUGGUAGUGUUUUGUAUUCUGUUUAUGCCUUGUAUCAGGGAUCCUAGGGUUGUCCCUAUUUUUUCUUCCAUGAUCUUUAUCUUUUUGUCUUUGAUCCACUUGGAGUUAGUUUUAGUGCAUUGUCUGAGGUAUGGGUCCUGUUUCAUUUUUUUGCAAAUGGAUAUCCAGUUAUGCCAGCACCAUUUGUUAAAAAGACUAUCUUUUCCCCAAUUAACUGACACUGGGCCUUUAUCAAAUAUCAGCUGCUCAUACGUGGAUGGAUUUAUAUCUGGGUUCUCAAUUCUGUUCCAUUGGUCUAUGUGCCUGUUGUUGUACCAGUACCAGGCUGUUUUGACUACUGUGGCUGUAUAAUAGCUUCUGAAAUCAGGUAGAGUGAGGCCUCCCACUUUCUUCUUCUUUUUCACUAAUGCUUUGCUUAUCCGAGGCUUCUUUCCCUUCCAUAUGAAAUCGGUGAUUUGUUUCUCUAUCACCUUAAAAAUGACAUUGGAAUUUGGAUCGGAAGUGCAUUGUAUGUAUAGAUGGCUUUUGGUAGAAUAGACAUUUUUACUAUGUUAAGUCUUCCUAUCCAUGAACAAGGUAUGUUUUUCCACUUAAGUAUGUCCUUUUUAAUUUCUUGUAGUAGAGCUUUGUAGUUUUCUUUGUAUGGGUCUUUUAUAUCCUUGGUAAGAUUUAUUCCUAAGUAUCUUAUCUUCUUGGGGGCUACUGUGAAUGGUAUUGAUUUGGUUAUUUCCUCUUCGGUGUUCUUUUUGUUGAUGUAGAGGAAUCCAAGUGAUUUUUGUAUGUUUAUCUUAUAACCUGAGACUCUGCCAAACUCUUCUAUUAGUUUCAGUACUUUUCUGGAGGAUUCCUUAGGGUUUUCUGCGUAUAAGAUCAUCUCAUCUGCAAAUAGAGAUAAUUUUACUUCCUCCUUGCCCAUCCGGAUACCCUUUAUUUCUUUGUCUAGCCUAAUUGCCCUGGCUAAGACCUCUAGCACGAUGUUGAAUAAGAGCAGUGAUAAAGGGCAUCCUCGUCUGGUUCCUGUUCUCAAGGGAAAUGCUUUCAGGCUCUCUCCAUUUAGAGUGAUAUUGGCUGUUGGCUUUGCAUAGAUGCCCUUUAUUAUGUUGAGGAAUUUUCCUUCAAUUCCUAUUUUGGUGAGAGUUUUUAUCAUAAAUGGGUGUUGGACUUUGUCAAAUGCCUUUUCUUCAUUAAUUGAUAAGAUCAUGUGGUUUUUGUCUUUUGUUUUAUUUAUGUGGUGGAUUACAUUAAUGGUUUUUCUGAUAUUAAACCAGCCUUGCAUACCUGGUAUAAAUCCCACUUGAUCAGGGUGAAUUAUUUCUUUGAUAUGUUGUUGAAUUCUAUUGGCUAGAAUUUUGUUGAGGAUUUUUGCAUCUAUGUUCAUGAGGGAUAUAGGUCUGUAAUUUUCUUUUUUUGUAAUGUCUUUACCUGGUUUUGGUAGCAGGGAGAUGGUGGUUUCAUAGAAUGAGUUGGGUAGUAUUCCGUCAUUUUCUAUGCUUUGAAAUACCUUUAGUAGUAGUGGUGUUAACUCUUCUCUGAAAGUUUGGUAGAACUCUGCAGUGAAGCCGUACGGGCCAGGGCUUUUUCUUGUUGGGAGUUUUUUGAUUACCUUUUCAAUCUUUUUUUUUGUUAUGGGUCUAUUUAGUUGUUCUACUUCUGAAUGUGUUACUUUAGGUAGGUAGUGUUUUUCUAGGAAUCCAUCCAUUUCUUCUAGGUUUGCAAAUUUGUUAGAGUACAAUUUUUCAUAAUAAUCUGAUAUGAUUCUUUUAAUUUCGGUUGGGUCUGUUGUGAUGUGGUCCUUCUCGUUUCUUAUUUGGGUUAUUUGUUUCCUUUCCUGUAUUUCUUUAGUCAGUCUGGCCAAUGGUUUAUCAAUUUUGUUAAUUUUUUCAAAGAACCAGCUUUUGGCUUUGUUAAUUCUUUCAAUUGUUUUUCUGUUCUCUAAUUCAUUUAGUUCAGCUCUAAUUUUUAUUAUUUGUUUUCUUCUGGUGCCAGAUGGAUUCUUUUGUUGCUCACUUUCUAUUUGUUCAAGUUGUAAGGACAGUUGUCUGAUUUUGGCUCUUUCUUCUUUUUGUAUGGGUGCAUUUAUCGAUAUAAAUUGGCCUCUGAGCACUGCUUUUGCUGUAUCCCAGAGGUUUUGAUAGGAAGUAUUUUCAUUCUCGUUGCAUUCUAUGAAUUUCCUUAUUCCCUCCUUGAUGUCUUCUAUAACCCAGUCUUUUUUCAGGAGGGUAUUGUUUAGUUUCCAAGUAUUUGAUUUCUUUUCCCUAGUUUUUCUGUUAUUGAUUUCUAGUUUUAUUGCCUUGUGGUCUGAGAAGAUGCUUUGUAAUAUUUCGAUGUUUUGGACUCUGCAAAGGUUUGUUUUAUGACCUAAUAUGUGGUCUACUCUAGAGAAUGUUCCAUGUGCGCUAGAAAAAAAAGUAUAUUUUGCAGCAGUUAGGUGGAGAGUUCUGUAUAAGUCAAUGAGGUCAAGUUGUUUGAUUGUUGUAAUUAGAUCUUCCGUGUCUCUAUUGAGCUUCUUACUGGAUGUCAUGUCCUUCUCCGAAAGUGGUGUGUUGAAGUCUCCUAAUAUAAUUGUGGAGGUGUCUAUCUCACUUUUCAGUUCUGUUAAAAUUUGAUUUAUGUAUCUUGCAGCCCUGUCAUUGGGUGCAUAAAUAUUUAAUAUGGUUAUGUCUUCCUGAUCAAUUGUCCCUUUUAUCAUUAUGUAGUGUCCUUCUUUAUCCUUUGUGGUGGAUUUAAGUCUGAAGUCUAUUUUGUCAGAAAUUAAUAUUGCUACUCCUCUUCUUUUUUGCUUAUUGUUUGCUUGAUAUAUUUUUUUCCAUCCUUUGAGUUUUAGUUUCUUUGUGUCUGUGAGUCUAAGGUGUGUCUCUUGUAGGCAGCAUAUAGACGGAUCGUGUUUCUUUAUCCAGUCCGUGACUCUCUGUCUCUUUAUUGGUGCAUUUAGUCCAUUUACAUUCAGCGUAAUUAUAGAUAAAUAAGUGUUUAGUGUUGUCAUUUUGAUGCCUUUUUAUGUGUGUUGUUGACAAUUUCAUUUUUCCACAUACUUUUUUGUGCUGAGACGUUUUUCUUAGUCAAUUGUGAGAUCCUCAUUUUCGUAGUGUUUGACUUUAUGUUUGUUAAGUCGUUACGUUUUUCUUGGCUUUUAUCUUGAGUUAUGGAGUUGUAAUACCUCUUUGUGGUUACCUUAUUUUUUACCCGUAUUUUUCUAAGUAAAAACCUAACAUGUAUUGUUCUAUAUCGCCUUGUAUCCCUCUCCUUAUGGCAGUUCUAUGCCACCUGUAUUUAGUCGCUCUUUUUGAUUAUUGUGAUCUUUUAGAUUUUGACUUCAGUGAUUCCCUGUUAUGAGCAUUUUUUUUUUAAUUAAUCUUAAUUUGUUUUUGUGAUUUCCCUAUUUGAGUUGAUAUCAGGAUGUUCUGUUUUGUGACCUUGUGUUGUGCUGGUAUCUGAUAUUAUUGAUUUUCUGACCAAACAAUAUUCUUUAGUAUUUCUUGUAGCUUUGGUUUGGUUUUUGCAAAUUCUCUAAACUUGUGUUUAUCUGUAAAUAUCUUAAUUUCGCCUUCAUAUUUCAGAGAGAGUUUUGCUGGAUAUAUGAUCCUUGGCUGCCAGUUUUUCUCCUUCAGUGCUCUGUAUAUGUCGUCCCAUUCCCUUCUUGCCUGCAUGGUUUCUUUUGAGUAGUGUGAACUUAUUCUUAUUGAUUCUCCCUUGAAGGAAACCUUUCUUUUCUCCCUGGCUGCUUUUAAAAUUUUCUGUUUAUCUUUGGUUUUGGCAAGUUUGGUGAUAAUAUGUCUUGGUGUUUUUCUUUUUGGAUCAAUCUUAAAUGGGGUUCGAUGAGCAUUUUGGAUAGAUAUCCUUUCGUCUUUCAUGAUGUCAAUGAAGUUUUCUGUCAGGAGAUCUUCAACUAUUUUCUCUGUGUUUUCUGUCCUCCUUCCCUGUUCUGGGACUCCAAUCACACGCAAGUUAUCCUUCUUGAUAGAGUCCCACAUGAUUCUUAGGGUUUCUUCAUUUUUUUUAAUUCUUUUAUCUGAUUUUUUUCGGCUAUGUUGGUGUGAAUUCCCUGGUCCUCCAGAUUUCCCACUCUGCAUUCUAAUUGCUCGAGUCUGCUCCUCUAAUUUCCUAUUGCGUUUGUCUAAUUCUGUAAUUUUAUUGUUCAUCUUUUGGAUUUCUACAUGCUGUCUCUCUAUGGAUUCUUGCAACUUAUUAAUUUUUCCACUAUGUUCUUGAAUAAUCUUUUUGAGUUCUUCAACUGUUUUAUCAGUGUGUUCCUUGGCUUUUUCUGCAGUUUGCCUUAUUUCGUUUCUGAGAUCAUCCCUGAUGUCUUGAAGCAUUCUGUAAAUUAGUUUUUUAUAUUCUGUAUCUGAUAAUUCCAGGAUUGUAUCUUCAUUUGGGAAAGAUUUUGAUUCUUUUGUUUAGGGGUUGUAGAAGCUUUCAUGGUCUGCUUCUUUAUGUGGUUUGAUAUGGACUGCUGUCUCCGAGCCAUCACUGGGAAACUAGUUUUUCCAGAAAAUCUGCUAAAAAAAUUGCAGUCAGAUCCCUGUCAGAACUGCCUUUGGAUUAUAACUGCCGCCUUGUUCCCUGUAAGGAUGAAAGUCUGAGACUUGGAUCAUAUAUGCUUGGCUGUAGCUGGUUCUGUGUUUUUAGUCCAAUUAGGGAUGGAUUUUUGGUCCCUGGGUUUUUUCUGGUUCCUUCUCUCAGACCAGACGAGUGGAUUAGGAAAAGACCAAAAGAAAAAAAAAAGGGAGGGGAACCAAAGCCGCCGCGGAGCCGGAGCCGUUCUCCCUCUGGCUCAGGAAAUUCCAAUGUUAAUGAUGCCGCCUGGGGAGGGUGGGGGUGGGAUCAGAGAGAUAGGAGCGUAGCACCUCGGAAUAUAGCCAGAGUUGCUUGUCUUGCUUGGAAUGACUAUUUUAUCUGAGAUUCCCGAGGGGCAUGUCGCCUAUGUGUGCUGGCUGUGUGGAGAUUGCCACCGGGGAUCUGGUCCACUGAAGCCGCUGUCAGAUCCUCCGCUGCCAGUCCAAUGCCCAGCGUUAAGGUUCCCCUGCUGGGACGCUGCACUCCCGACUCCAAAAUCAGUCACUGCCUCCCGGGGACUUCUCGUCCCUCCAGCCGCGUCGCCGCGUUGCCCCCUUGGACUGGCUGGGCCCCCUCCCGGGGUUAGUUCAGGGGAGUUGAGCAGCUCCCCGUGCUUGUGCCGUGACAGCACCCAGUCAAAUGCCCGGCAGCACAAUUCCCCGGCUGGGACGCUGCUCUCCCAGCUCCAAGACCAGUCACUGCCUCCCAGGGACUUCUCCCACUGGCUGCAUCGCCACGCCGCCUGCGCGGACCGGCUGGGCCCCCUCCCGGGGUGAGUUCGCGGGGGUAGGGCUGUGCCCCUUGUUUGCGCCAUCAGCUCCCCUGGACCCUGACCUAAACCGGCCGCCAAGGUUACCUGACUGGAACGCUGGCUCCUGGCUCCAAAAACAGUUGCUGCUUCCCCAUAUUUGUUCAUUUUUCGUCUCUAAAUCUGUGUUUGUUGUUCAGGGUUCGUAGAUUGUUAUGUAUGUCAUCAGUUCACUUGUUUUUCUGAGUCUUUGUUGCAAGAGGGAUCAGAGGUAGCAUCUACUUAGUCCGCCAUCUUGGCCCUGCCUCCAACAUCCCCAUUUAUUUUUUCUUCUUCUUAGUUUUCUUACUUGCAGUUUCUUAUUCCUUUCUGUUCAGUCCGUCUUAAACCAACUCCAGGAAAACUUUCCCUACUUCUCCACCUUAACAAAGAUUUCUUAACAAUAGAGCCAAGGACCUCCACAUUGCUAAAUCCAAUGGUCAAUUUUCAGCCAUCAUUUUGCUAGAUCUAUCAGCAAUAUUGGAAAUAGCUGAUCACUUUUACUUCCUUGAUAUAUUCACUUGGUUUCUGAUAUCACACAGUUUCUUGGUUUUCCUUCUACUUCAUGUGUCACUCCUCAUUCUCCUUUGUGAGUUCUGCCUUUUUCACUUCACCAUUCAAAGUUAUAGAGUGCACCAGGGCUCAGUCAUUGGUCCUAACUUUUUUCUUCUGUCAGUACAUACUGCUUCAGUAAAUGCAUCCAAUCCUGUAGUCUUAAAAGUUAUUCAAAUGCUGAAUACUCAAAAAUUUAUGCCUGCAUUCCAGACCAUGCUCCCUAACUCCACACUUACAUACAUCUAACCAUGUGUUCAAAUCUUCACUUAGAUAUCCAAGAAUAUUAUGUUUUCUAAUUGAACUACUGGAAGCAGCAGUCAAGAAAUCAAAACACGCAUUGCCCUGGGCAAAUUGCCUGUAAGAGGUCUCUUUAAAGUGUUAAAAAGCAAAGAUGUCACCUUGAGGACUAAGGUGCACCUGACCCAAGCCACGGUGUUUCCAAUCAUCUCAUACACAUGCGAAAGCUGGACAAUGAAUGAGGAAGACUGGAGACGAAUUGAUGCCUUUGAAUUGUGGUAUUGGUGAAGAAUAUUGAAUAUACCAUGGACUGCCAAAAGAAUGAACAAAUCUGUCUUGGAAGAAGUAUAACCAGAAUGCUCCUUAGAAGCAAGGAGGGCAAGAUUACGUCUCACAUACUUUGGACAUGUUAUAAGGAGGAAUCAGUCCCCAGAGAAGGACGUCAUGCUUGGUAAAGUAGAGGGUCAGAAAAAAUGAGGAAGAUCCUCAAAGAGAUGCGUUGACACAGUGGCUGUGACAAUCGGCUCAAGCAUAACAACAACUGUGAGGUUGGUGCAGGACUGAGUAGUGUUCUGUUGUGCAUAGGGUUGCUAUGAGUUGGAACCGACUCAACAGCACCUAAUAACAACAACAAUAACAAUUGAACUACUAAAAAUGACAAAAGUCCCAAUUGUUACUGAUAAUUAGAAGUUGUAGCAGAAAUAAGAUUAAAAGGUCAGGGGCCUCUUUUUUUAUAUACUUUUUAUUGUGCUUUAAGUGAAAGUUUACAAAUCAAGUCAGUCUCUCACGUAAAAACUUAUAUACACCUUACUACAUAUUCCCAAUUACUCUCCCCUCAAUGAGACAACCCACUCCCUCCUUCCACUCUUUCUUUUCACGUCCAUUUUGCCAGCUUCUAACCCCCUCUACCCUCCCAUCUUGCCUCCAGGCAGGAGAUGCCAACAUUGUCUCAAGUGUCCACCUGAUCCGAGAAGCUCACUUCUCAUCAGCAUCCCUCUCCAACCCAUUGUCCAGUCCAGUCCAUGUCUGACGAGUUGGCUUCAGGAAUGGUCCCUGUCCUGGACCAACAGAAGUUUUGGGGCCAUGACCACGAGGGUCCUUCUAGUCUCAGUCAGACUAUUAAGUCUAGUCUUUUUAUGAGCAUUUAGGAUCUGUAUCCCACUGUUCUCCUGCUCCCUCAGGGGUUCUCUGUUGUGCUCCCUGUCAGGGCAGUCAUCGGUUGUAGCCAGGCACCAUCUAGUUCUUCUGGUCUCAGGAUGAUAUAGUCUCUGGUUCAAGUGGCCCUUUCUGUCUCUUGGGCUCGUAAUUGCCUUGUGUCCUUGGUGUUCUUCAUUCUCCUUUGAUCCAGGUGGGUUGAGACUCAUUGAUGCAUCUUAGAUGGCCACUUGCUAGUGUUUCAGACCCCAGAUGCCACUCUUCAAAGCGGGAUCCAGGAUGUUUUCUUAAUAGAUUUUAUUAUGCCAAUUGACUUAGAUGUCCCCUGAAAUCAUGGACCUCAAAACCCUGCCCCUGCUUCCCUGACCUUCGAAGGUCAGGGGCCUCUUUUAACCUUCUGAUGACAUAUCCUGCCUAAGAACUUGGAAUACAGACAAGGGCAAGUCAAGGGUCAGUACUGGAGAAGCAUCAACGAUAUGUCACAUUUAAUCCAGGGCAUAAAAGAGAGUUAAAAGAACAUCUAAAGAACAAUAUCAAAGCUAAAAAAAUGGGAAUCCUAGUGAAAAUCACCAAGAGCUCAGUAAAGAGGUGCUAAAACAAUUAUGAACGAGACACAAGAAAAAUAAACUGGCAACAGCAAAUCCGGGAAGGACAAGACUCUAGGAGAAAAUGUAAGUCAAUUUGAGAGCCUCAGGGAGAAAAUCUUGAUAGCUUGCGAAUGCUUUUAAGGUACCACCUUUUCCUUUCUAUUUCUGUUGCGGAACCACUCAUGGGUAACAAUUGCCGUCAGAUAACUUCUUGUGCUUUAUAAAGAAAUUAUUCCAAAGGGGAGGAGAAAAAAAAAAAAGAAGAAAGAUAAAAGUAUAUGCCUGUCUUACAUGAAAGUAUGGGUUAAACUUCAUAUUUAACUAAGAAAUGCCAUUUUGGGGUCAUUUAAAUGAGAGAAUGAACUCAAUUUUAUUGAACAGACACUUCAGAAGAUAUUUUACAAACAUUAGCUAGUAAUUCUUACAACGUUAUGAUAUAAUUACUAACCCUGUCUUAAAAACAAAAACAAUCGAUGUCAAGUCUGUUCCGGCCCCACGUGUGUCAGAGUAGAACUGUGCUCCAUAAAGCUUUCAAUGUCUGCGACGUUUCAGAAGUAGAUCCCAAGGACUUUCUUCUGAGCUCUUCUGAGUGGACUCAGACCACCGGUCUUUCAGCUAAACACUUAAUCAUUUGCUCUACCUAGGCAGUUUAACUUCAUCUGACUUGUAAGUAAAAUGAGGUCAUUUGAGGUUAACCGGAUUUCCAAGUCUUUUGGAUAGUGUUUGGACUCUUUCCACAAUGCUAUUUUGAUCCUUUACAUGAUUGUGAAAUAACAGAAAUGCAGGGAUGACCCUGGGCCACAUUAUAAAAAUUGUCUUUGUUUCUUCCUCUAUCAUCUGGAAAAUUUUCUUCACAUUAAGCUCUUCCUUGAUUCUCAUCUUUGUAGGCAACCCAUCCUCACUUAGUUCCUUUUGCCAAAGGGAAAAAAAAAUUAAUAAUUUUAUUCCCACCAAAGUAAAUAUGUUACUUAUAUUUGGAAAAGAAGUGUGAUUGUUAGGAUAGCAAUCAAUUCAAAAGAAUAAACAGUGAAUGAUAAAAUUUGAGAUGAUAUGGGACACAGAUCGAUAGAAAACUUUAAGACUCAAGUCACACAAAGGGGUUGGCUGAGUAUUUCCUCUGUCUGGUAUGAGUCAGAAUCCACUCAAUGGCAAUGGAUUAUGGUAUGAGAAUAGCUUCCUUGAAGAAUAAAUACUGGUUCUUCACAGUAACUUUUCCCAUAUUAUGUACUCAGAUAUUAAUCAUGUUUUUAAGAAAAAGGACUGUUUGAUCAAAUAGGCUGAAGAUCAAAGAAGAACUGACAACUUUGAAUUACGGUGUUGGUAAGGAAUAUUGAAUAUACCAUGGACUGCCAAAAGAAUGAAAAAAUCUGUCUUAGAAGAAGUACAGCGAGAAUGCUCUUUAUAGCCAAGGAUAGUGAGACAUUGUCUUACAUACUUUGGACGUGUUAUCAGGAGGGACCAAUCCCUGAGGAAGGACUUCAUGCUUGGUAAAGUAGAGUGUCAACAAAAAGGAGGAAGACCUUCAAUGAGAUGGACGGACACAGUGGCUACAACAAUGGGCUCAAGCAUAGCGACGAUUGUGAUAAUGGUGCAGGACCAGGCAGUGUUUCACUUUGUUGCAUAGCGUCACUAUGAGGGAAUCGACUUGACGGCACCUAACAACAACAACUUGUGUAUUUACUUUUUUUUUUCUUAACAUAUGUCUAUUCUUCCAUGUUCUACAUACUGUACCGCUGCUGCUGUUGUUAGUUGUUGUCAGAUCGGUUUCAACUCAUGUUGACCCUGUAUGUGCACAGUAGAACUGUUCCAUAGGGUUUUCAAGGCUGUGACUUUUCGGAAGCAGAUCACCAGGUCUGUCUUGUGAGGAGCCUCUUGGACAGGUUCAAAUGGUCAACCUUUCUGCUAGUUGUGUAUCACUUAGCCAUUUGCACCUCCCAGAGAUUCAUGUACUAUACAAAUCAGAAGUACAGAAAGGUCAAAGUUUUCUUACUGGUUAUAUUCUAGUUAGGUGCAGAUAAAUAAUAAGCAAAUGAAAGCUAAAUGAAAGAUAUAAUCAGAUAAUGACAAAUGUGAUAAAGGAAAUAAAAGAAGGUUUUUUUUUUUUAGUGUCAUGGGGCUUGAAAACAAAUAAAGAAGACUGAAGAAGAAUUGAUGCCUUUAAAUUAUGGUGUUGGUGAAGAACAUUAAAUACAUCGUGGGCUUCCAGAAGAACAAACACAUCUGUCUUGGAAGAAGUACAGGCAGAAUGCUCCUUAGAAGUGAGGAUGGUGAGACUUUGUCCUAUGUACUUAGUACGUGUUAUCAGGAGGGACCCGUCCGUGGAGAAGAACAUCAUACUUGGAAAAGCAGAGGGUCAGCAAAAAAGAGAAAGACCUUUAAGGAGUUGAACUGACACAGUGGCUGCAAGAGUAGGCACAAAUAAAGAAACUAUUUUGAGAAUGAUCCAGGACCGGGCAGUGUUUCGUUCUGUUGUAUAUAGGCUCACUAUGAGUUGGAACUGGAUCAACAGCACCUAACAACAACAGUGUGAUAGAGAGGGAUUGGAUGCAUAUGUGAAUAGUCAUUAAUAUAACAGCUGAGUUAGAAUUUUCAAGAAUUUACUAUAUAGAAACUCAUAUUACUCUCUCCCCAUUCUUCCCCACCAAGAGAAGUUGAUUCUAACCCAUAUCUAAACGGCUCUGGUGACCAUGGGGUAACUUCAGACCCCAUGUCUGAUGGGGUAAUAUCAGACAAUUUGUAAAAAAUGAUUCUACAGCAAAAAUAAGUCUAUGGAUAAUCUUUGAGGAUUAGAUUCUGAAAAUUGAAAUAAUCAUCCUAACUCUGAUAACCUUAUAAGGUGUUGAAGAUAAAAAAGUUAAUGUAAAUGAAAUCACUUUAUAAGAUGGAGAAGGAAUGAAAAUUGUAACCUAUUAUUCCAAAAAUAGAAAAACAAUAUUAAUUGAAAAUGCCAUUUAUUAAUAAAUUAGAAAAAAUUAAAUAUAUUUUUAUGCCCGGGUACAAAUUUUCUGACCCUGAUGGUGGCCCUCCAGGAACAGAUAUUACUUCUGUGUGGGAGGUCGAAUCCAGAGAUGGGAUUUGACUCAGGUUCCUUCCUGUUGCUAUAUUCUAACUAUUUAAAAUUGUGGCCAUUCUGUAAUUGAGAUACACAUCACAGUGCAUGAACAAAUGACUGAAUUGUUAACAUUGUGGUCUAGGUUUCUGCAUGUUGGCCUGGUCUUAGUGACAUUCUGCUUCUGAGAACACCCUAUUAUUAAGGUGGGUGAAUGGGAAUUCACUGGGGUGGGGAUUAGCCUCUGUCAGUGGAGAUCUAGCCUCGAGGGCUACAACUGAAUGGUAUAAAUCUGUGCCUUGUCACAGCUGUUCAAACAUGCCCUCUGCCCUCUUAUAUCCCAAAGGAGAGCAUUGGAUCCAUGAUGUAUCUUCUGAGAAACUGAACAAAAACAGUUUCUACUUUGAUCUUAACAUACAAUCCGCUGAGAUUCAAAAGAGACCUGAAUGAUUCAGUAAAUUCUCUGCUUGGCUCCCUCGUCAGCAAUCCUUUUUAAUUGGAAAGAAUAUAAAUAAAUCCCUUGGUAAAACAGAAUGUACACUUCUUCAUUAGAUUCAUAGAUACCUACAACUUCUGCUUUAAAUCUCUCUUCAAAAGCAAUAAAAAUCGUAGUUCGACAAAUUUGACCAGUAUUUAAUGAUUGGAUGGCUUUUCUCCAUUUAUAUCCUGGACAGCUUACUUCCACAGUAAGAAAAACUAAGCUGGAAUCAUUUCACCUGGUUCUUGGACUCUCUGGAGAAGUUGCUUUAUGCGAACGAAUCUUGGGUGAGAUAAGAUCUUGGAUUAGACUUGAAAUGAUUAGAGUCUUUAUUUCUACAACUUUCCACUUUUGACCAACUCUAAAAACUAAGCUCUAAGUGUUAACUUUAUUAAUGUAUUCUUUUUCCUAAAAUUAGUGAUGUUUAGAGGGUAAUGCUUAAAUUUUAGAUUGACAGUUUUAAUUUAGGAAUGAGCUGAAUUUUUGUAUUUCUUUAUAGGUAAAACAAAACAACUACAAAAUUUUCUUAUAAGCAGGUUUACCUCUAGGAAUGACGGUGGUGGUGGUGACAGUGGUGAUGGCAAUGACAAAGAUAGCAGUGGUGGCAGUAGUAAUGAUUGUGGUGGUGGCAGUGUUGGUGAUGAUACUGGUGUUGGUGGUAAUGGCAGUAGUAGUUGCAGUGUUGGCGACGACAGUGGUGACCACAGUGAUGAAGGUGGUGGUAGUGGUGGGGACUGCCUUGGUAAUGCUGGUGGUUUGGUGACGGUGAGGAUAGAGGUAAUUUAGGAGCAUUCUGUGGAAACACUGAGAAAUUAUUGUAGAUUCCAAUACCAAAAAUUAAAACAUUAUUGCCACUUCCGUUCUACAAAAUUCUGCUGGAGUUAGUUACAAACCCACAAAUUUGCCAUUAAUUUUUAUGAAAACAAAGCAAAACAUGGGGUAAUAUAUGCACUAAAGAGGUUACUUUAAAGUACUUUAACGGUAAGAGAAAAACCUAGCUUGAUACUCAGGAAGCUUCAGAGCUACAAGUCCACUGACUAUAUAAAACUGACAGUCCAAGUGCAAUCACUAGAGCCAUCUAGGUACUUAGAUUUCGAUGGAGGUAUUAUAUAUAGCCCAGGUGAAUUCAGAAAGAAAUAUCAGCUCCAGAGUCCAGCUUCCUGGAUUCAAAAGCAGGCUAUAUUAUGCAGUAACUCUGUGGACUCAAGGAAGUGAACAAGUCACUAUGCUUAAUAAAUGUUAUUGUUAUUACAGUUAUUAUUUUGAGAUGAGUACAUCGAUUAUUGACAAAUCUACUUAGAGAAAGAAUAAUUGUCCUUUAUGAAAGGAGUUUAAAUGUUUACUUACUAAAAAUUCUUCUGAAUUAUAUUCUGAUAAAGAAUGCAUGCUUCUAUAAUAAUAAAAAUAAUACAAAUGAAAAGGAAUUGAUAUAAACAAGAAAGACAAAACUGAUAGAAACAUAAAAGCUGUCUAAUACCUUAUUGUCAGGCAUGACCAUUUUGUAAGGAGAAUUUACCAAUAUCUUUUUUUUUUAUCCAAGUGGAUCCCUGGUGGCACAGUGGAUAAGAGCAACAGCUGCUAAUCAAAAGGCUAGCAGUUCAAAUCCAUCAGCCGCCCCUUGGAAAACGUUUGGAGUAGUUCUACUCUGUCCUGCAGUGUUCUGAGUUGGAAUCAACUUGACGGCAAUGGGUUUGGUUUGGUUAUCCAAGUGUAAAAUGUUCCUAUCCUGUGAUUUUACAAUUCUAUUGCAGAAACUCACUUUACAGAAAUACUUAAAUCUAUUGCUAUAUAUCUUUACCUGUAUCUAUAUUGUUAUAACCUGGCCCAGUUGCUGUCUAGUUGAUUCUGACUAACAGUGACCCUAAAGGACGUGGUAGAACUGCCUCACAGGGUUUCCAAGGAGCAUCUGGUGGAUUCCAACUUACCAUCUUAGCUCUUAACCACUGUGCCAAAACUCAUAGCAACCCUGUAAAACAGAGUAGAGCUGCCCCUAUAGAGUUUCCAAGGAGCACCUGGAAACUGUUCAGCAGCUGCAGGUCUGAACCACUAUGCAACCAGGGUUUCCCUGAUAUAGUCAUAGAUAUAUCAAUACAAGACAUUCACUGUAGCAUUGUAGCAGCAGAAAAUUGGGAAUAUUAUAAAUCUCCUUAUACUGACCUGGAAUGUUGUCAAUGAUAAAUCAUUGAUUAAAAUUCAAUGUACAGUGCAUUUGCAUACAUGAUGCCAGCAAUGUUUAUAUAAAUUUAUAUUAUUAAAAUGCAUUUAUAAAUAUGCAAAUUCAAUAUUUCUAAAUAAAAAUGCAAAUCUGGAAGGAUAAAUGACUUUUAGCUAAUUACACAGCUAAAAAGCGUUCCAGAAGUCGAAAUUAGAACCUGAUGUACAUAACUCUAAGACCUUAGCUUUCUGUUCUGCCCUGAACCAUGUCUCUUAUCCCUCCUUCUGGGUCUUUGCACAUGCUGUCCCCCUGCUGGGAAUAGCCUUUGUCUAGCUUUAAAACUUCAAUAAUUUACUUUUCUUUCAUUUCUUCAGUUAUCACUUAUUUCUUUGUCAUUAUUUUAAAUUUACUAGGUCUGCCCUUAUUUAAGGAAACAAGCCACAUCUGAUGCUUUUUAUUGUUCAAAUUUGCAGCAUCCUCUGAGUUUUUAAAAUACUUGUUGUCUGCUUAAAUAAUUAGGGAAUAAGAGGGAAGUGGACUGACAAAGAAAAAGAAAAAUGUUAACUAAGAUUGUCCCUUUCUUCAUUUGAGCGGUCUUUCGAAAAUGUUCUUCAGUGAACCAUUGUGGAAAGAGAAAAGAAAUAUCACAAAAGUAGCUGAGGGUUGUGAUUCAGAGCUGAAUUGGAAAUUUGGGGUAUGGUUUGAUCCUUGAUUAUGGCUGAAGCAAGUCUAGAAAUACAAAUGUUUACCGACUAAAGCUGAUAGCUGUCAUCAUUGAGUCUGACUGACAGAGAAAUAAUAGCCAGUCCCUGAUAUCAAAUCCACUCUCAAGCCUGGAGAAAGGGCUAAUACUAGUAUUCUCUAUUCAGUUCAGAGUUCACUGCCGUUUCCUUUUGUUCUAUAAAAUAUCAUUAAUUGUAUUGGUGCCCACUUCAUCUUUAGUAAUCUAUUAAGAACCUUGAGAAAUGUGAAGUCCCAGGUGAUACAGUUUAUGGCCUCGGCUGCAAACCAAAAGGUUAGAGGUUUGAAUACACCCAGAGAUACCUCGAAAGAAAGGCCUGGCAAUCUAUUUCUGAAAAAUCAGCCAUAGAAAACCCUAUUGCUCACAGUUCUACUCUGACAUUCAUGGGGUCACCAUGAGUCAGAAUCUACUCCAUGGCAUCUGGUCUAGACUUUGGUUGGCAAGUAACUGUCACUAUGUUGAGAGCAUUAUGAAUUUCCCCUGAGAUUCAUUCUGUCAGAGAUAUGUGAGAAAUAAAGCUGUCCAGCUUCCACUAGAAUCCACAGGUAUCUUUUAAAAAUGUAAGCCUGAUUUAUAAUUCAGGCUAUUUACAAUUAAGAAAUUAUAAUACUCUUUUGUUUUAUACUCUCCCUUGGUUUCCCAUUGCCCUCAGAAAUUCCUUGCCUUGUCCUAAAAUUCUCUGGUUUACCUGGUUACUGCCUCUACCUCUCCAAACACACAUUGAGCCAAAUGAAUGACGCCAAAUAGUCACUAACUAUAAACACUAUGUUGCUUUUUUAGAUUUUCCGACUCUCAGCCAGCGCUCAUAUCAGUACCUGGUAAAUGCGAAACCAAAACAAUGUGACUGAAUUCAUUCUUUUGGGUCUUACGAAAAACCCAGAGCUGAGGAAAAUAUUUUCUGCUGUGUUUCUAAUCAUGUAUGUUGUCACCAUGUUGGGAAACCUACUCAUUGUGGUAACUAUGACUGCAAGUCAGAGUCUGAGGUCACCUAUGUAUUUUUUCCUUACUUCCUUGUCCCUCAUGGAUGCCAUCUUUUCUUCUGUCGUCGCCCCCAAGAUGAUUGUGGAUUCCCUCUCUGAGAGCACUACCAUCUCCCUCAAAGGCUGUAUGACCCAGCUCUUUGCAGAACAUUUCUUUGGUGGAGUGUCAAUCAUCCUUCUCAUUGUGAUGGCCUAUGACCACUAUGUGGCCAUCUGUAAGCCCCUGCACUACAGGACCAUCAUGAGUUCUCGGAUGUGCUGCCUGCUGCUGGGAGGGGCCUGGGUGGGAGGAUUUUUGCAUGCAAUGAUACAGCUUCUCUUCAUGUACCAAAAACCUUUCUGUGGUCCCAAUGUCAUUGAUCACUUUAUGUGUGACUUGUUUCAGUUGCUGACACUGGCCUGCAUGGACACCUGCGUCCUGGGCCUCUUGGUCAUCCUCAAUAGUGGGGUGAUGUGCGUGACCAUCUUUCUUAUCCUCAUUGUCUCCUACAUGAUCAUCCUCUGCUCUUUGAAGUCUUAUAGCUCUGAAGGAUGGCGCAAAGCCCUGUCUACCUGUGGCUCCCACCUCACAGUGAUUGUCUUGUUCUUUGUGCCAUUUGUUUUCUUGUACGUAACACCUGUGGCCACUUAUCCCAUAGACAAGGCAAUGGCUAUGUCGGAGUCUAUCAUCACACCCAUGUUAAAUUCCUUGAUCUACAUCCUGAGAAGCACAGAGGUGAAAAAUACCAUGAAGAAACUUUGGAUGCAAUGAGAGACUUUAGAUGGCAAGUAACUGUCAUCAUGCUGAAAACAUUAUGAGUUUCUCCUAAAGAGAAGUCAUUCUUUCCAAGAUGUGUGAGAAAUAAAACAGCCCAAGUUCCAGAAGAAUCCAGAGGGAUCUUUUAGAAAUACAAGUCUGAUUUAUUGUUUAGGAUAUUUACAACAUAGAAAUUAUGAUACUGAUUUUCAAGGUUUCUUUUCUUCCUCCUAAUCUCAUCCUUGUGGUGGUUACCCUUUCCCCUUUAGCCUUCCCAGGUCAGUCCUUUUACCUCACUACUGGAACUCCAUUAUCAGAUCUAAGAGCUAUAAUUCAUUUUGUAGUUUUUCCUGUUUACAGGUAAAGUUUAACUAUACAAACUUUUGUCCAUAAAAUGUACCUUUCACAUGUGUGCACACAAGUUAUUUCUCAAAUUCGAGUACUGUGUAAGCCCUUCCUAAGGAGAAAUCAGUUCUUUUGAAUUUCGGCAAUGAUACGAAUCAUGAUUUCACAUUUCUAAUGUAACGAGGUGUUAAGAUUGAAAUUUUGGCUACACAUGAUAAGUGAAAUUACAAAGUGCGUUCCAGAUCACACCAUACCUGCUACUACAGUGAAGGCAGUGAAUGAUGAAGAUAAGAACCCUCACAACUAAGUAAAGAAUAUGAAACCUGGUCAGUAUAAACUGGAAGAGUGGUUUGUGAGAACAGCUUUGGAUGUAGAGAAUUCCCCUGCCCCACCAUGGGAGUAGAGGUAUGCCUGCCUCUCAUGUCGGUACUCGUUUCUCUGAUGUUUCUGUGGAAGGACAUGUUUGGAGUUACCUACUCUGCCAUUUGGCUGACAUCACCUCCUACUUUAAUUUUUAAUUGUCUGUCAACCAGAGGUCAUAGUACCUUAAAAUUCCAGUCAAGUACCUUAAAAUUUGUUUGUAUUUGUGAGUGUGUGUGCAUUUACACAUACAUGUGUACGUGCAUGCUGAAAGGGCACUUCUAGAGAGUGCUAUUCUGACAGACUAGCAUAUGAUCCUCCACAUUGGUGGCUGCAGGGACUGAGAUCAGAAAAAUCUAGGCAGAAAGAGAGACUUAGUGGUAUCAGCACAGGAUUGCCCAGUAGGGCAGGCUCAGCUACAGGUGUCCAAUGUAUCAUCUUCAAGGAGCAUCCUAUCAAAUGCUCAUACUGGCAAAAUGACAAUCUGAAUUCUGCAACUUUCCAGUCUCCUACAGAUUGGCUCAUGUUGACCAAAUUCAUAUGGUACUAGAAAAAGAUUUGUAAAAGGAAUUUGGUGGACACACAUGCACACGAUUAUCCUGUGAUUAGUCAGCACAUUUCUUUCUGGAGAAAAAUGUCUACAAGAAGUUAAAUUACCAAGUGAAAAUGGUCAGGUGUUGAUAGAAUCCAAGUAAGGCUCAUUAUAGGUUGUUUACAAUGGUUAUGAGCUUUAAGUACUCAUAGUCUAAUGCAGUCCUCUCAGAAUAUUAAAUGUGUAUAUAAUGGACCAAUAACAUGUUGAUAUACAUUGACUGCUUCCUGUUAGGACUGUUUCCUGUUAGGAGUAUUUCACCUUUCCUGUCCAUGUAACAAAAACUAAUGUGUUAAGGAAGUGUAAAUUAAAUACACCAUAUUUAUCAGCUGAAGUCAUAAUUUGCUACGCCAUAACUUUUUCAUGGCAUUUUUCACUUCUGCAUUCCUCAGUAUAUAUAUCAGAGGGUUGAGAAAGGGUGUCCCAAUUGUAUAAAACACAGCCACCAUCUUGUCCACUGGAAAUGUAGCUGGUGGGUGUGUGUACAUGAAUAUACAUGGACCAAAAAACAUGACUACCACAAUAAAAUGGGAGAUGCAGGUAGAAAGAGCUUUUCACCUUCCUUCUGCACUGUGGUUUCUCAGAGAGUAUCAAAUGACAACAUAGGAUAUAAGCAAGAGCGUGAAACUCAUCAUGCAUAUGGCCCCACUAUUGGACACAGCAGCAAACUUAUCACAUAGUGUCCAUGCAGGCAAGUUUCAACAAGGGCUGCAAGUCACACAAAUAGUUAUCAAUCACAUUGGGACCACAGAAGGACAAUAUCAAAGCCAAGGAAAUCUGUAUUGAAGAAUGGAUACAAGAUCCCACCCAGGCCAGAAUCACCAGCACACCACAGACACCUGCUCAUGGUGGUUGUUUAUAUUGCAGCAGCUUUCAAAUGGCCACAUAGUGAUCAAAAGCCAUGAGGAUGAGCACAAAUAUCUCCAUACACCCAAAGAAAUGGGCUGCAAAGACCUGAGUCAUGCGCUCACGGUAGGAAAUGGUCUUCUUCUAGGAUAGAGCAUCCGCAAUCAACCUGGGUGCCGUAGUUGUAGAAAAGCAGACAUCAGCAAAGGACGGGUAGAAUAGGAAAAAGUACUUGGGACUCCCAAGGGUAUGACUUGUCUUAAUAGUCACCACAAUGAGAAAAUCCCCCAGCAGAGUCAAAAGGUAAAGAAUCAAGAAGAUUCCAAAUAUUGCUUUCUGCUUUUCAGCAUCCUGUGUCAACCCAAACAGAAUGAAUUCGGUCACACUGUUAUUCAUCACUAUGUAAGUGGCUGUAGGUGGGAUGAAUUUGACAAAGGUUUAAUCUGCAGAGAGAAAAAAAGUGACAUUUUGGGAAAAUCAUUUGGCUAAACUCUGAAUUAAUUGGUUCUGUUCCAUGUUCUGUUACCUCCAAUUACCUUUGGCGUGCACCAAAAUUCCCCAGGAAUCUUUGUAAAUCUACAGAUGCACAGACCUCUCCCAGAUUUAUCUGUUGAUUCAUUUAGAAACUGUCUGAUUGGCCCAGCACUUUUGUAUUUUUUGAAUAAAAAAAUUAUAUAUAUAUAUAUAUAUGCCUCCUUUACAAACUUUGAUUUUUUACCAAGACUGAGAACUAUAAAACUUGUUCUUUCCCUGGGCAAGUGACUUAACUGCUUUGAAACUUGGCCUUCAUAUGAAAAAUGAAGUACCAAUAUCUGCUCUACCUUAUUCUGAGUUAUCAUGAGAAUUUAAAAAAAGAUUUACACACAGACAUUUACAUGACUAUGUGUUUGAUGGAAACCCUGGUGGCGUAGUGCUUAAGUGCUACGGCUGCUAACCAAAGGGUCGGCAGUUCAAAUCCGCCAGGCUCUCCUUGGAAACCCAAUGGGGCAGUUCUACUCUGUCCUAUAGGGUGGCGAUGAGUCGGAAUAGACUUGAUGGCACUGGGGUUUUUUUUAUAUGUUUGAUGCAUUAUGCAUCUUAUCUAUGUGCUUUGAAAUCUGAAAAACACCAUUCCAAUGUAAUUAAGCAAUAAUUUUAUUGUUGGAGAAUUCCUUCUUAAGAACAUAUUUUCAGUUCUGUUGACUCAUUUUUGUGUCUAUUAUCCCUGGCUCUUUAGGAUCUUGAGUGGUAUAUGCUUUACAACUAAACUGUUUUGACAAUUUAUCAUCUAUGCCUCUAGUAGUCAAGAUGUGAGCUUCUCUGAUGUUCAUGACAUAAUGAAUGUCUGGAUGAUGUUUGUCUUACUUAUCUAGUGCUGCUAGGAUAGAAUUACCACAAAUAGGUGCCUUUAACAAACAGGGGGCUAGAAGUUUGAAUUCAGGGUGCUUUCUGUCUCUGUUGGCUCAGAGGAAGGUCCUCGUCUCUUUGAGCUUCUGUUCCUGGGUAAUCUUCAUGUGGCUUAGUAUCUUUCCUCCCCUAUCUUGCCUUCCCAGCUUUCUUGUUUCAUCUGUUUUAUCACUAAUUCUGUCUCAUUAACAUAAAAAAGACAACCCAUCCCCAAAUAGGAAUAUAACCACAGGCAUAGAAGCUAGGAUUUACAACACGUUUUGGGAGGGUGCAAUUCAACCCACAGCGAUGCUUUUGGUUGGCAUGAUGGAGGGAAACUACUCUUUAUCUUUGUCUUGAACUUAUUCCCUUAACUUAGCUUUAAAAUAGAAUAUUGAGCUUCUCUAUCUAUAAAUUUGACUUGCAUAUACUUUCUAAUAUUCUAACAACCUCAGUAUUGUUUUUACUCAUAUAUAACCUUCUUUAUUCUGAAUUCCCCAGGAUACUUCUUCUAAAAACUUUAUUUGGAGAUCAUUAAUAAAGUAAGACAUUAUGCAAUAUGUACUAGAAGAGAAGAAACCACAUGCAGAGAGAAAAGCACAAAUUUCUCAAGGAUAGAUUGAAAAAAAAAGUGAAGAAUUCAAAAUUAUGUAAAAAGUGAGCUAUAAUUUUAACUGGAAAGAUCCAAGUUCCAAACCAAGUUCUAUUAGAUGUAAACUUUCAGACUUAGAACUGAGAGGAGAUAUGUUAGCAGAGUGAUCAAUACAUAGAGUCUGAAGUCACAUUGUCUAGUUUCAAACCUCACCCCACUGUUCAUCAGAGGUGUGACAUUUAACAAGUUCUUUGAUAUCUCUGUGCUUUGUUUUCUUCAUCUGUAAAACAGAAAUAAUAAAAUAAUAUAUGCUUUAAGGUUGCUGCGAAGAUUAAAUAACUUGACUUAAUCAGAUUAUUAGAUGCCAGUACUCAGUACCCAUAAUAAGAGUGGUUAUUUUCAUUAUGAUUUUCACUACUGGAUUUACAAGAGAGAUUUUCCAUUUUUCAAGAAUAUUAAUUCAAAUUUUUUAUAUAUCCAUAAUAAAGCUAUACCAUUGCAUUAAAAUAUUAAGUUCCUUUGCUGAGUGGCUGAAAUCAUAUCAGCACUGUGGAUGACAAUAGUUUUCUUAUGAUGAUCAGAAGCUAGGAUUGAGAGUUCUAAAUAUCUCUAAGACAUAAAAAAGAGAAACAUCAAUCAAAAGUAUGUAAUAGCAUCAUUACAAGGGACCCAUGAUAAGAGGAAAGCAGAGAUAAAACAAGAUCUUGGUAGUGAACAGUUUGGAAUCAAAAGCAAAGGAAUGUGGGCAUUUAGAUGACAAGAAAUGAAAUAAAAAAUUUAGUGGUGGUAAGGCACAUGCUAUAUUAAGAAAACAGAUCAGUAUGAACCCUCUAGUUUGGUCAGACUCAAAAGCUGUGGUAGAAAAGUUGGAAAAGUAAGUCGCCUUCGUAGCUGAAGGCCAUAAAAGCCAAGUUAUAAAUAUCUGAUAUUCUCUAUUGGCAAAGUAGAAAAUUUGGAGGCAUAAAAACAUAACAGCACCUUCUAUUAAGAUUUAUCAGGUACCUACUCCAAGUUGUUUAAUGGAAUUUAGCCAUCUUUUUUUUUUUUUUAACUGAAUUUAGUCCAUUUGAACUUUGAGCUUUUCUAUAACAAAGUGCCUAUCUUCUUCAAGAUUCUGGAGACCUACUGAAGACUUUCUUUCCGUCCCUGCACUUAGAAAGUCAAUGGAGAGGAUUCAAGUAGAUUCACUGUAAAACACCAAAUGAAAUCCGUUGCCAUGGAGUUAAUUUAGACUUCUGACAACUCCGUGUGUUACAGAGUAGGACUGCUCCCGAGGGUUCUCUGGGUUGUAAUCCUCACAGAAACAGUUCACCAGGACUUUCUUCCACGGUGCCACUGGGUGGGUUUAAACUGCCACCCUGUAGGUUACUAGACAAGCACAGACCCUGUACACUGCCCAGGGAUCUGGAUUCACUGUAGCCUCAACAAAAUAGAGACUGGCUCUGAAGUUAUCCCAAAUAUGAUUCAUCAGUGGCUUCAGACUUGUCACUUCCUUUCUUAAAGAAGGAUCCAAAGUGCUAACUCUCAACUCAUCUCUGUGGGAGGCAAAAAACAUGUAGGGAGCCCAGAGAGGUGGAUUAUAAUCUCAUCUAUGUCUUUAAAUGUCACUUGACCUUGGUCAAGUUGGUUCGUACCUAAGCCUGAAUAUCCUUACUUUCAUUGAGGGCGCUCAAGAAAAUAAUUUUCCUCUCAAUUUUAACAUAAGAACCUUGUCACACAGUAGAGCAGUCAUUAAAAUUUAAAUAAAAAGUCUCACACAAUUAGAUGAAAUAAAAACAGUAUGUAUUGCUAUACUCGUGUAGGUUUUCACUGUGAGAAUGAUUAACUCAUGCUUAACAAAAAUACAGACUGGGAUAUAAUAAAAUGGAUAGUUCUGGAAUUCUUUAAGUGGAUUCUCACAAGCUUUUACUGAGAUGCCUGUUCUACAUUUCUAAACAGCGAAGGAGAACAUAAAUUCAGCAAUCCCCUCUCCCUCAUUUUACCCCAUUGUCAUCCCUUAAAAACACGAAGUUCGCAUUCAAAAAAAUGUGAUGAGUCAUAAAUAAAAUGGUUACUAUGAUUUUAAUAAUCUCUGUCUGCGGUGCUCAUCAUGGCUUUCAAGCCCUCCAGCUCUGUAACAGAAUCUUGCUUUUUACUUUUCUUCUCCGGACUUCUGCCAAUGCAUGCUCCAGUCAAGUCUGACACUUAAUGUUUCUCAUUAGUAUACCCAGACCAUCUCAUUCCGAUUUUUUCACAUCCGACGUCAGCUGAACACCCCUACCUCUGCUACAACCUAAACUUUCAUUUCUACCUAUGGAGAGAGUACCCAGUUCAAAAAACAUCUCCUCAGAGAAGCCUAUCUGUAUUUCCCCAAGUCACUCUCUUGCUAGUGGCCUUCCACAGCCCAAAACUAAAUAUUUGUUGAAUCAUGUAGUCCCUGAUUAUAUUCUUCUCUCAUUUUUGCUUCAACAUCUUUUGUCCAUUGAUUUUAUAAUAUCGCAUGAGUUAAGUAAGGCAAGUUAGCUUUUUUCUACUUUGUGCACUUUGUGUUAAGCUGGGAGGCAGAGUUUAGCAGAGAGCAGUUAGAGUAAAUCCAAGACCAAAACCAGUCUUUGGUCUCCAUAGCAUUCUCUCUAACACUUCACCCUACACUGCCGUACAAAACAUCAGUCUCCAGCUAUCCAAAUAGAGCCAACACAAAGCCCAGGAAACAUAAACAGGUAAAGAAGGAAGCUGCUGGCGUGUUCAUGCAUGGAAAUUCCAGAAUGGGUAAAACAAAGAGAUCAGCAUUUUAUGUUCAUACUUGAAAAAUAAUACUGAGGAGGGGGUAAAGAAAAAAAAAAAGAGUCAGAUCAAAAGGGAAAAAAAUAAGUCAUUGUGGCUAAGAGAAGGAGGAAGGAUCAGGAUGGGGAUAAAAGGGAGAAAUCCCUAGGGCAAGCAAGGGUGAGCAAAGAACUAUGUUAGGGAUUAAAUAGUCUAUCCCAGGAUUUUAUUAAAGAGAUUUCUUCUCCCUCCUCCAUGCCUCAUGUUGUCUUUUUCUCCAACUCCAGAAGUAGGUGUGGUUUUAGGCUCUAAGCAGGGUUGACGGUGGGUCCUGGACACCCAAUAUUGUAUUCACUUAUGCAUCCUCAUGCUUUUCCUGAACUUAAACCUUGCAAAUAGUCUGAAGGUAGGAUAUUCUUUCAGGUUGGUCUUGGUGCCAGGGAAUAGUUUGUUUCACCCCCUUUUUUCCAUCAGAAUUGGCCUCAGAGGCAGGGAUGCACCAAGCAGAGCCCAGUGAAAGUUGAGGGUCCCUGAAACAUCAGAACCUUCCCAUCACUGUGGGAAAUACGUUCCUGGAACUUCAAGUUUCUUAGGAGACAUAACUAGAUGAUGGUAACUGUCCUAAAAAAAUGGGGUGGUGUUGGAAAAUUAUACAGAAGCAGCACUGAAAUGGGAGGCAAGAGAAAGGAAAUAUUUCAGCGGGGUUUGAAAAACCUACCUUUUUUCUUGUAAGUGAAGGAAUAACAUUCAACGGAGAACUCAUAGUCUUCUCUUUUUCAAUUCUAAUUUACUUUGAAGAUUAACUAUGCACAGUGCAUUGCAACAUGCAAAUUGUACUUGAGAUAGGUCUACUGUGGCUUUCUGUUGCAGGAGCUAUCAGAAGAGAAAAUAAAUGCCCCACAGAUAACUAACUCUUCCUAGAAGGCCUGAAUUAAACUCUAUGAAAGGGUCUGUAAUGCUAGCAAGAGAAAAUUUUUUUAAGUUUCUUAUUUCUGCACUUAAAAUUUUCUAAAACAAAAAAUAUUCUCAUUAUUCUAUGGUAGAAAUUUUUCUAAUGUCAGUUCUACUACCCUCAAAACACUCCCUGACAAAACACAUGAAUUAAGUAUGUCUUUUUCUUCUUCCUUCAGAUAUUUAUAGGGGUUUCAUAAAAGUUCACAGAUGCCCAGAACUGCAUUCCAGCCUCCAGAGGCCAAGGACUGCAUUUUUCCCCACUCAUCGACUCAACGGCACUGGGUUCAACCCUGAGAGAUUGGCUCAAUGAGCUACUUUGCACAGCUAGCCCAACAGCACAGCAAACCAUGAAAAAAUAUAGCAGCAAACCAUAGGGCCAAUUAAUCCCAGACAAGGUUGUCCACAGUCAGAUUUUGUCCUCAGAGCCCUCCUUUCUACUUCAUUUGUCCUAAGGGACACCUCCAAUUUCAGUUACCAAGUGUUCAUGUAGCCACAUCUCUGCCUCCACUUCACCCACACACUCUGCUGUAAGGAACAAGCACACUUUCAAACUCACAUUGAUAUGUAGACCACUAAAAGUUACCAAGGAAAGUUACCAAAGGCUUUCUCCUUUAAGUACAAUCUUUUCAAAUGGUAGGCAAAUCUCAAGUAGGUGUGAUGCGAUUGAAUUCUCUGACUCCAUUGCUUAUGUUUAUGUGACUUUAGACAAGUUUAUUAACUUCCCUUACUUUCCUAUUAUGGAACAUAUUACUGUUAACUAUAAUAAUUAUUAUUAAUCCUAAUAAUAUUAAUAAAAUAUAUAACAGAAAUUUACAUGAAAAUUAUGAAUUAAAUUUUCCACAAUUUCUAAAAUAUUUUGAAGUUGAUAAAUCAGUAAAAAAAAAAAAGAAGGAAGAUGACAGAGGGAUUUAAAUUUACAACAAGUAACACAAGAACAAUUAAUUAAAACAAAUUUUAUUUAAAGAUUAUUUUUAGCAUUGAUCUUUUGGACAGAAAAAAACACCAAUUUUGAAUAUGAUACUGAAGGAAGUGAGGGACAAGCCAUGCAAAUAUUUGGGGGAAGAAUAAUUAAGACAGAGGGAGCAAACUGUGCAAAGUUUCUUAGGCAGGAGCAUAGCUGGUGUCAUGCAAAAUGUUGGCAGGAAUAAUGGUUUAUAUGUCACAAUGGGAAAAAAAGAAUUAAUAGAGUUAGCAGAAGUAGGCUGUAAAUAAUGGAGAUAUGGUUGGAAAUUGUUGUUGUUGUAUAUUGUCGAGAUCUGAUAAACAGGAGCCAGCUGCAGGAUCCAGAACCAAUAAAAGCCCACAUGCCCUGUCACAAUAUCCACUUACAUUCAAUGCAAGCCACAUGCCCAAGGAAACUCCCCUUCCACUGAUUUACCACUCACAGCAGAUCCCAUCAUGGAGGUGAUCACAUAACAUCAAAUCUCAUCAUGGAACUGAUCACAACAUCCCGCAACUAUCAAACCACUGAGAAUGAUGGCCUGGCCAAGUUGACACACAACCUUAACCAUCACAGUUGGGGAGGAGAGUUAGAAUGAAAAAUGGAGGCUAUGGUGCUGUAAAAUAUUCCCGGGUGUGCAGUGGUUAAGCACUUGGUUGCUUAUCAAAGGUCAGCAGUUCAAACCCACCAGCCACUCCACAGGAUAAAGAAGUAGAAGUCUGUUUCUGUAAAGCUUUACAGCCUUGGAAACCCUGUGGGGCAGUUCUACUCUGUCCUGUAAGGCCUCUAUGAGUCAAAAUCAACUCCAAGGAACUUUUUUUUUUUUUUAUUGUAGGGGAUUUAAAAUAUUCUCAUAAAAAAAAAAAAAAGGCAAUCACUAGUUUGAAUAAUAUUUACACAAUUUCUACUAAUCUUGAGAAUGUAUAAAAACCAUGGACUUCUUAUUGGGCUUUAUGAAAUAGCACUAUCCACUAUAAUGUGAACACUAAAGAUAGAGAUUUUCAUUUUAUCACUGGUACUUGUACUUGACAAUAAUGGGGAGUCCUUGCUUCUGUGAAUCCAUUCUCUCCUUCCUCUUCAGUAAUAGGUGAUACCUAGGUUCAUGAUCUCCCCAAAAGAGCUCACUUUCCAUAGCUUCCUUUGCAGCUUGGUGCAGCUCUGUGACCAAGUUCUUGUCAAUUGGAUGUGAACAGGAGAAAUAUGUGUAACUUCCAGGCUGAAAUAGCAAAUGUUGACAUUGUACUUCUCAAGCUUAUUUCCCCUUCUUGAUACCUAAAACCGGGGGUGAGGGGUGUUACAGCUAUAGAUGAUAAUGCUGUAGGGCAAUUCUUCUCAAACUAUAAUGUACAUGUAAAUCAACUAGGGUGAAAAGUCAAAUUAUGAUUCAUUAGGUCUGUGUUUUAUUGACUCUGCAAAGGCAUUUGAAAGUGUGGAUCGUAAUAAAUUAUGGAUAACAUUGUGAAGAAUGGGAAUUCCAAAACAUUUAUUUUGCACCUGAGGAACCUGUACAUAGACCAAGAAGCAGUCGUUUGAACAGAACAAGGGGAAUCUACAUGGUUUCAACAAAGUUGUGCAAUCAGCAUUGUAUCCAUUCACCACACUUAUUCGAUCUGUAUGAUGAGUAAAUCAUCCAAGAAGCCAGAGUAUAUAAAUAAAAAUGCAGCACCAGGAUUGGAAGACUCAUUAACAACCUGCAAUAUGCAGAUGACACAACCUUGCUUGCUGAAAGCAAAGAGGACUUGAAGCGCUAACUGAUGAAGAUCAAAGACCACAGCAAUCAGUAUGGAUUACACCUCAACGUCAAAAAAACAAAAAUCCUCACAAUUGGAACAAUAAGCGACAUCAUGAUAAAUGGAGAAAAUAUUGGAGUUGUCAAGGAUUUCAUUUUACUUGGAUCCACAAUCCACACUCCUGGAAACAGCAGUCAAGAAAUCAAAUGACGUAUUUUAUUGGAUGAAUCUCCUGCAAAAGAAAUCUUUAAAGUGUAAAAAAGCAAAGAUGUUCACUUUAAGGACUAAGUUGCACCUGACCCAAGCCAUGGUGUUUUCAGUAGUCCCAUAUGCAUGUGAAAACUGGACAAUGAAUAAGGAAGAUUGAAGAAGAGUUGAUGCCUUUGAAUUAUGGUGUUGACAAAGAAUGUUGAAUAUACCAAGGGCUGCCAGAAGAAAGAACAAAUCUGUCUCGGAGGAAGUACGCCCAUAAUGCUCCUUAGAAGUAAGGAUGGUAAGGUUUCAUCUCACUUACUUUGGACAUGUUAUCAGGAGGGACCAAUCCAAGGAGAAGGAUGUCAUGCUUUGUAGAGGGUCAGCAAAAAAGAGGAAGACCCUCAACGAGAUGAAUUGACACAGUGGCUGCAACAAUAGGCUUAAACAUAACAACAAUUGUGAGGAUGACACAGGACCAGACAGUGCUUCUCUCUGUUGUACGCAAGGUCUCUAUGAGUUGGAACCAACUCGAUACCACCUAAUGACUAAUAACAAGGUCUGCAGUUGGCCUAGGAUUCUGCAUUUCUAACAAACUCGUAGGUGAUGCCAGUGAUACUAACAGGCGGAUCACACUAUGAACAUAAAAGUUCUAGGAGGUGACCAAGCAACUGCUUGGAAGUAACCUGGGUCUUGUAAUGAAAAAGAGAAGAGGUACUGCCCUUCCAUCCUGGGCCAUUUACAUGGGACCAUUAUAUCAAGAUGAAUAAAAUUCCUAUAUGUUAACCCACUCUAUCACUGGGUUUCCCUUUCAUAGAAGCCUAGCCUUACUCUAAGAAACUAUAAAACUCAAAAUAUUAUCCACAAGAAAGAUGCAGCAAAGUGGCAAGGUACAAGAUCAAGACACAAACCAGUUGGGUUCCUCUACACUAACAAAGAGAAUUCUGAAAGGAAAACAAGAAAACAGUACCAUUUAAAACAGUGCACUAUUAUGGACUGAAUUGUGUUUCCCCCAAAAUAAUUGUUAUAAUUCCUAGUCUUUAUGCCUGUGGCUAUAAUCUCAUAUGGGACUAGAUUGUUUUGUUAUGCUAAUUAGACAGGAUUAAGGCAUGGUGCUGAGCUAUAAGAGAUUAAACAAUCAAUCAAGAGAAGCAGAGAUGGGGGAAGUGAGAUACCUAGCCACAUGAAGAUUGCCCAGGAGCAGAAGCUCAGAAGAGACAAGGAUCUUCCUCCAGAGCUGACAGAGAAAGAAAGCUUUUCCCAGAGCCAGCACCCUGAAUUCAGGGUUCUAGCCUCCUAAAAUGUGAGCAAAUAAAUUUCUGUUUGUUAAAGCCACACACCUGUGGUAUUUCUGUUAUUGCAGCUCUAGAUAACUAAGACAGAAUUUGGUAUCAGGAGUGGGAUAUUUGUUAACUAGAAGUGGGGGUGUUGCUGUAACAAAUAUCUACAAUGUGGAAGUGGCUUUGGAAUUGGAUAAUGGAUGUAGGCUGGAAGAGUUUUAAGGUGCCUAUUAAAAACCUAUAUUUCCUUGAAGAGAAUGUUGGUAGAAUUAUGGACGUCAAAGGAAAUUCAGGUGAGGGCUCAGGAGGAAGUGAGAAGAACUAUAGAGAAUCUUCUAUCAUCUUAGAGAAUACAUAUGGCUCCAGGAAAAGAAUGUUCUUAGAAAUGUGAACAUUGGAUGUACUUCUGUUGAGACAAUAAAAGAAAAAGAUGAACAUGUGACUGGCAGUGGAGGAAGUGUGAUAUUUUUUAUGCAGUGGCAAAGAACUUGUCUGAAUUAUGUCCAAAUGGUGGAAGGUAGAACUUGUAAGUAAUGAACUUGGAUAUCUGGUUGAUGAGAUUUCUAAGCAAGCUCUUAAAGGGGCCACAUGGUUUCUUCUUGCUGUUUAUAGUAAAAUGCAAGAAGAAAGAGAUGACUUAAAAAUGAACUGUGCAAAAUUAAAACAAAACUUAAAGAUUUGGGAAAUUCUGUUGUACAAACUAUGAAACAUAUCUUAAGAUGUUCACCAAGCAUGUGGCUACACAAUCUUUUUUUUUUUUUUUUUAAGAGAUUAAGCCUGUUACUGAUGGAUCUAAUCAACUACCACAGCAGAAAACACAUCAUUUUAGGCUGAAGAGGACAGAGAAAAAGGAAAGAACGUUGUCUGUCUUUUGGAGUUCUACAGGCAGGAAAUAGGCCAAAAGUAGCCACAUCUGUGGUCUCAGAAUGCAGAGGAUUAUGCUAAAGGCGUGAGAACUAAUGCAGUUUAUUCUGCUGGGAUUUGUACUUGCUUGGUGCCCUUUAACCCUUCUUUCCCUUCAAUUUAUCCUAUUUGUAAUGGAAAUAUAUAACCUGUGUCUGUUCCAACACUAUUUGGGAAGCAGAUAAUCAGUAUUCUAUAUUUCACAGGUUUACAAAUGAAGAUGACUUUGCCCCAGGAUGGAAUAUGCCUAACAUCUCACCCAUAUUUGAUUUAGAUGACUCAGAAGAUGAGAUUUGAACUUGGAGGUGAUUUAAAAUUUCUGGCAUGAUGUGAUGGAGUGAAUUUGUUUUGCAUGUGGCAAGGACAUGAACUUUUGGAGGUCAAAGGGUGGAAUGUUAUGGAUUGAAUCCUGUACCCCCCAAAAAAUAUGUUUUUGUUUUUUGGUUACAAUCCUAUUUGGGAAUGGGCUUUGUUAUGUUAAUGAUACAGGAUUAAUGUAGGGCGUGUCUUGAGUAAAUCUCUUUAAAAAAAUCUCUUUAGAGAUACAAAAAGAUUAAAGAAGAGAGCAAAAGAAGUAGAGAUGGGGGAAGUGAAACUCCAAGCCACAUGAAUAUUGCCUGGGAGCAGAAACUCAGAAGAGACAAGAUCCUCCUCCAGAGUCCACAGAGAGAAAAAACCUUCCCCUAGAGCCAGCUUCCUGAAUUCGGACUUCUAGCUUCCUAAAAUGUGAGGAAAUAAUUUUCUGUUUGUUAAAGAAAAACACUUGUGGCAUUUCUGUUAUAGCUGCACUAGAUAACUAAGACAUCCCCCAAAAUACCUCGGAAUAAACCUAACUAGUUUUUUUAGUGGCAUAAAAGGCUUAUACAAGGAAAAUUAUAAAACACUGCUGCAAAACAGCCAAAGAGGCCUACAUAAAUGGAAAAACAUCCCAUGCUCAUGGAUUGGAAGACUUAACAUUGUGAAAAUGUCAACAGUACCCAAAGUGAUCUACAGAUAUAACGCAAUCCUGAUCCAAAUUCCAACAUUUUUUAAUGAACUGAAAAUAACUAAUCUUCAACUUUAUAUGUAAAGGAAAAGGGGCCUGAAUAGCUAAAGCAAUAUUGAAUAUGAAAAACAAAGUAGGAGGCCUCACACUUCCCAAUCUCAAAACUUAUUAUACAGCCACAGUAAUCAAACAGCCUGGUGCUGGUUCAAUGACAGACACACAGAUCAAUGAAAUAGAAUUGAGAACCCAGAUGUAAAUCUAUCCAUCUAUGGGCAGUUGAGCUUCGACAAAGAGUUGAAGUUCAUUCAAUAGGGAAGCAACAGUCUCUUUAACAAAUGGCACUGGGAAAACUGGUCAGCCAUUUGUUGAGAAAUGAAAUAGAAUCUACACCUCACACCAUACACAAAAACUAACUCAAAAUAGAUCAAAGACCUAAAUGUUAAACGUAAAAUUAUAAAGGAACAAAACUAGGGGACUUAAUUUUUGGCAUAAAUAGCCUAUCAAACACAACUGAAAAUGCAUGAACAAAAGAUAAUUUAGGUAACUGAGACAUCCUAGAAAUUAAAUACUUAUGCUCAUCAAAAAAAUUAAAAAGAGAACCUACAGACUGGAAAAGUUCUUUGACAAUGACAUAUCUGACAAGGGUCUAAUCUUUAAAAUAUGCAGAAAACUUCAAUAAUUCAACAAAAAAAGAUAAACAACCCAGUCAAAAAAUGGAAAAAGGACAUGAACAGACAUUGCACAUAAGAGAAUAGAUAUUCAGAUGGCCAACAAAUACAUGAAAACAUGCUCACAUCAUUAGCCAUUAUGUUAUUGUAGUUAGGUGCUAUUGAGUUGGUUCCAACUCAUAGCAGCCCUAUGUAUAACAGAACCAAACACUGCCUGGUCCUGUGCCAUCCUCAUCAUGAUAUUGGCCACUAGAGAGAUGCAAAUCAAAGCUACAGUGAGAUAUGUGACAUCCCUGCAAAAAUGGCAAUGAUGAAAAAAACAGAAAACAACAAAUUCUGGAGAGGUUGUAGGGAGAUUAGAACUUUUAUGCAUUGCUGAUAGGAUUGUAAAAUGGUACUAUGGAAAACAGUAUUAUGCUUCCUCAAAAAAGCUAAAAAUAGAAAUACUUUAUAAGUCAGCAACCCCACUCCUAGGUAUAUACCCAAGAGAUAUAAUGGUAGUGACACAAAUAGACAUAGGCACAUCAGUGUUCACUGCAGCAUUAUUCACAAUAGCAAAAAGAUGGAAACAACCUAAGAGCCCAUCAACAGAUGAAUGGAUAAGCAAAUUGUACAUACACACAAUGGAAUAUUACCUACACAACUAUAAAGAAUAAUUAGUCAGCAAAACAUCUUAUAACACAGGUGAAUCUAGAGGACAUUAAGCUGAGUGAAACAAGUCAAUCACAAAAGGACAAAUAUUGUAUGAUCCCGCUAUUAUAAAAAGUCAAGAAUAGAUAUACACACAGAGAGAAACAUUCUUUGAUGGUUACCAGGGAUGGGAGGGGGAAGGAUGGGGAUUCAUUGUCUAGAUAGUCCAAACCAAAUCCACUGCCAUCAAGUUGAUUCUGACUCAUAGUGACCCUAAAAAAAAGCCUAGAACUACUCCAUAGGGCUUUCAAGGAGCAGCUGGUGGAUUCAAAUUGCUAGUAUUUUGGCUAGCAGCUGAGUUCUUAACCACUGUGCCACCAGAGCUCCUUAUCGAGAUAGCAGACAUUUGUUAUUUUUGUUGAUGGGAAAGGCAAUACCAAUAUGGGCGAAGUCUACACAACCUGACGUUGGUAAAUGAAGAUACUUGGAAGUACACAAGAAAAAGGAAAAACUUCAGUAAAUGCUACAACAAAUAAAAUUUUGCAACAACAGUAAUAACAACCAAAAAAAAAUACAUGAGUGGUUAAGUAAUGUCUUAGUCACCUAAUGUUGCUAUAACAGAAAUACCACAAGUGGAUGGCUUUAACAAAGAUAAAUUUAUUCUCUCACAGUCAAGUAGGCUUACAAGUCCAAAAUCAGGGCAUCAGCUCCAGGGGAAGCCUUUCUCUCUCAGUGCUGGAGGAAGGUCCUUGUCAUCAGUCUUUGCUUGGUCUGGGAGCAUCUCAGCUUAGGAACCUCAGGUCCAAAGGAAGCAUUCUGCUCCUGGCACCGCUUUCUUGGUGGUAUGAGGUCCCCCUAUCUCUCUACUUGCUUCUCUCUUUUAUAUCUCAAAAGAGGCUGGCUUAAGGCCCUUUCUAAUCUUGUAGACCUCAUCAGUAUAACUGCAGUUAACCCAUCUUAUUACAUCAUAGUGAUAGGAUUUACAACACAUAGGGAAAUCACAUCAGAUAAUAAAAUGGUAGACAAUCAUACAAGGGAAUCAAGACUUAGCCAAGUUGACAGAUACUUUGAGGGGACACAAUUCAAUUCAUGACACACAUAUAUAUAUUUAUAUAUAUAUCCACUGCCGUCGAGUCGAUUCUGACUCAUAGCGACCCUAUAGGACAGAGUAGAACUGCUCCAUAGAGUUCCCAAGGACCACCUGCUGGAUUCGAACUGCCAACCUUUUGGUUAGCAGCCAUAGCUCUUAACCACUACGCCACCAGGGUUUGCAUGACGCAUAUGCAUAUAUGUAUAUAGGAAGGUAUUCGUGGAUGCAUAGGUUUGUCUGUAGGCACAUGUAUAUAUAUGUGUGUGUGUGUUGCAUAUAUAUCCAUAUACAUAAUAAAGCACCUGGAAGCACAAUUAGAGACUUCCUAGACAAAUCUGAACAACUCUCAGGAUUGGUUUAAGGGGUUACAAAGCUUAGGAUCAUAGACUCCUGAGAUAACUUAGUCAAUUGCCAUAACAUAAUUCAUAAAGUUAAUGUUCUACACUCUAGUUUGGUAAGUAGAGUCUGGGGGCUUAAAAGCUUGCAAGUGUCCAUCUAAGAUACAACCCAACUCAUCUGGAAUGAAAGAGAAUGAAGGGAAACUAAAGAUGAAAAUAGUCCACAGGACUAACAGCCCACAUGAACCACAGUCUCUUCUAACCUGAGACCAGAAGAACUGGAUGGGCCCGGAUAUGACUACAGACCAUUCUGAGCAGGGACACAGUAGAAGGUCCCAGACAGAAUAGUAGAAAAAUGUAGAACAAAACUCAAAUUUCUGAAAAAAAGUCAUACCUACUGAACCAGUAGAGACUAGAGGAACCCCUGAGACUGUCACCCUAAGAUAUCCUUUAAAUUUGGCACUGAAGCCUCUCCUGGUGCUCACCUAUCAGCCAAAUAAUAGAUUAGCUUAUAAAGUAAACAAUAUCACCCGUGAGUAAUGCGUCCCUUAAACAAUCAACUGUAUGAGACAAAAUGGUCAACAUUUACCCCAAAGCAAAGACGAGAAGUCAAGGAGGGGGAAGGAAGUUAGAUCAAUGCAAAUAGAAUGGACAAAAUGGAAAUAAUGAGAAUGCUGACAAGUUGUGAGAAUUGUAACCAAUAUCAUGGAACGAUCUGUAUAAAAAUUGUUAAAUCAGAACCUAGUUUUCUCUGUAAACUUUCACCUAAAAAACAAUAUGAUAUUAACAAAAAAAAACUCAAAAUAUUAAUGAGACCACUCUCCUUUUUAUGUAAUAAUACAGUAAAAUUUGUGAAAGCUGGAACCUGUGUAAGGCAGAAAUCUGUCAGAAAAAGAAAACUCAAAUAUUUUCCACCACGAGCUGCACAAAAUGGUGAAGUACUCUGGACAGCAGCUGAGGUGUUGGAGAGUCAGGGUGAGUUCAGAAGCAGGAGAGAGGAGGAUCAGGGACUGCCCAGAAGCUGGGAGAACCUACCUGCUAACAUCCAGAGCACUGGCUCAUUGCAGCCAUUUUGGGACAGGGCAAGGCAACACCACAAUCAGGGAACACAGAACAGGAGCUAAUCUGAGGAAACUGUAGCUUUAUUUUUUUAAGACAACACUAAUUGGAGUGGGAGUUCAAAGUACAUGCAAUUGGAAGGAGGUGAAGAAAAACCAUGGUGCUACGAGACAAUGCUGUUGAAUCUUGCUGAGGCCUGAGAAGGAUGGGCACUAAGAAGGGAAGAGAUUUCAAUGGUAGCAAAGCAAGGGGAAUACUUCAGACCAAUGGGCAACACAGAGGGAAACAGCUGGCUCCCUGCACACAGUGGGAAAAUUUGGGAGAGCCAGAAAGCUUCGUGGAAGCAGAGAUGGUAAGACUUCAUCACAUGUACUUUGGACAUGUUUCAGGAGGAAUCAGUCCCGGGAGAAGGACCUUAAGUAGAGGGCCAUCAGAAAAAAAGGAAGACUGUCAAAAGAUGGAUUGACACAGAGGCUGCAACAAUGGGCUCAAGCACAGCAAUGAUGGUGAGGACGGCACAGGACAGGGCAGUGCUUCCUUUUGUUUUGCAGGGAGUUGCUAUGAUUUGGAACCUACUAGAAGGCAUCUAACAACAACAACAAUGGAUAAUGAUAGUGAAUAUAUUUUCCUAUGUCUGUUGACUGCUUGGAUGUCCUCUUUGGUGAAUGUUCUGUUCAUGUCCUUUGCCCAUUUUGUGAUCAGGCUAUUUGCCUUUUUGUUGCUGAGUUUUUGCAGUUUUUUAUAGAAUUUAGAGAUUAGGUCCUUAUUGGGUAAGUCGUUUCCAAAGAAUUUUUCCCAGUCUGUAGAUUAUCUAUUUAUUCUUUUAAUAAAGUCUUUUCAUGAGCAUAAGUUUUUAAUUUUUAUGAGGUCCCAAUUUUCUAUUUUGUCUUCUAUUUGUGUAUGUGUUAUGUUGGUUAUCCUAUUUUUACAAACGAUUAGGUCCCAUAGUUUUCUCCCUAUGUUUUCUUCCAGGGAUUUUAUGGUUGUAGGUUUAAUAUCUAGGUCUUUGAUUCAUUUUGAGUUAAUUUGUGUGUAUGGUGUGAGGUAUGGGUCCUGUUUAAUUUUUCUACAGGUGGGUAUCCAGUUUUGCUAGCACCAUUUAUUAAAGAGACUGUUUCUGUCCUGCUGAAUGGUCUUUGACUCCUUGUUGAAAAUCAAUCAUUCAUAGAUAAAAAUAUGUCCCUGUGGUCUAUGUAUCAAUUGCUGAACAAACACCAGCCCAUUUUGAUUAAGUGGCUGUGUAGUAUGUUUUGAUAUCAGGGAGUGUAAGGCCUCCUGUUUUGUUCCUUUUCUUCAGUAUUGCUUUGGCUAUUCAGGGUUUCUUUCCUUUCCAUAUGAAGUUGGUCAUUAAUUUUUCUAUUUCAGUAAAGAAUGUUGUUGGGAUUUCUAUCAGGAUUGUAUUUUAUCUCUACAUUGUUUUUGGUACAAUUGACAUUUUUAUUAUACUGUCUUCUAAUCCAUGAGCACAGGAUGCCUUUCCAUUUUUCUAGGUCUCUUUUGGUGUCUUAUGGUAAUGUUUUAUCAUUUUCGUUGGAUGUCUUUUAUGUCCCUGGCUACAUUAAUUCCUAGGUAUUUUAUCAAUUUGGAGGCUAAUGAUAUUGUUUUCUCGAUUUUUUUUUUUUUUUUUGGAGUAGUCUUUGAUAGUGUAGACGAACCCAGAUGAUUUUUUGUGUGUUAAUCUUACACGUUGCAACAUUGCUAAAUUCUUCUAUUAGUACCAGCAGGUUUCUUGCGGAAUCUUUAGGGCCUUCCAUGAAAUCAGUUUUUUUUUUUUUUGGUAAUGGGAAAUGUGGCAUCAAAUGUGGAUGUAGUAAGCAAAGUACAACCAAAGUAAAAUAUGAGUGAGCAUAUAUGGAUGAAUAUAGUCAUACUGGUAUACAGGUAGGUACAUAGGUAAGAGCAGAUAGAAAUAUCUAUAAAAACAAAACAAAACAUUGCCGUCGAGUCGAUUCUGACUGAUAGUGACCCUAUAGGACAGAGUUGAACUGCCCCAUAGAGUUUCCAAGGAGUGCCUGGUAGUUUUGAACUGCCAACCUUUAGGUUUGUAGCCAUAGCUCUAACUACUAUGCCACCAAGGUUUCUGAAAUAUCUAUAAAACCCAAAACAAACCCACUGCAGUCGAGUCAAUUCUGACUCAUAGCGACCCUACAGAACAGAGUAGAACUGCCCCAUAGAGUUUCCAAGGAGUGCCUGGUGGAUUCUAACUGCUGUCCUCUUGGUUAGCAGCUGUAUCACUUAGCCACUACGCCACGAGGGUUUCCUGAAAUAGGCAUGUGUAAAUAUAAAUAUCAGUACAAGCAUAUAGAUUUGUUGAAGACACAAAUACGUAUAUUCCACAGACAUAAGCAAACUCCUUCCAUGACUGACUUUUGGGGUUUGAAAGCUUGGGACCAUAGUUUCACGGGACAACUCAGUCAAUUGUCGUAACAUAGUUCACAAAAAUCAUGAUCUGCAUCCUAAGGAAGUGACUAGUGUCUGGAAUUAAAAGCUUGCAAGCUGACCAUUUAAGACACAAUUAUUUGUCUUUCCUGUCCAGGAGAAAAACAGUAAAAGGUAACCAAAACUCUGAGAAGAGACAAGUCUACAUAAGCUACAACGUCAUCUACCCUGAGACAAAAAGAACUAGUCAGUGCCUGGCUACCAUCACUGACCAUUCUGACCAGGAUCACAAUAGAAUGGAAGAAAAAUGUGCAGUAGAACUCAAAUUGCUAUUAAAAAAAAAAAAAGCAAACAAACGAACAGUAGAGAACAGAGGACUCCCUGAGACUAUCACCCUGAGACAUUCUUUAAACCUAGAACCAA